UAUUUGCUUCUUUUAUUUAUUUUAUUCAAUGGGUAGAAGUCCACAUUCUUCAUCUCAUAGCAGAAGAAAACGGAGCCGUUCAAGGGAAAGAUAUAGCAGAGAAAGAAGUCGAUCAAGAGAAAGAAGUCCUAAAACAUCGAAGAGACGAAGCGAUAGAGAUUCAAGAAGAGAUGAAGAUCAUUAUGAACACCAUUCAAAACAUCGUUCUCAUUCUAAUCGAAAAUUUGUUCGAAUGGACCCGCCGCCUGGUGGAUGGGAUAAACCUUCAUGGGAACCUAGUGGAGCUUUGAAAAAAGAAAUAAAAAAUGAAGAAGAAGAAGAACAACCUUCAUUUAAUAAUUCAAAAAAGAAGGAAGAGGAAAGAGAAAAACCUUCAUUUGAGCCUUCUGGAAAACUUGCACAGGACACAAAUACAUUUAAAGGUGUUGUUGUUAAGUAUAACGAACCUCCAGAAGCUAAAAUUCCAAAAUUGCGUUGGAGAAUUUAUCCGUUUAAAGGAGAAGAAUCAUUGCCAGUAAUUUAUGUCCAUCGCCAAUCAGCUUAUUUAAUUGGACGUGAUCACAAAGUUGCCGAUUUCCCUAUUGAUCAUCCAAGUUGUUCAAAACAACAUGCAGCUCUUCAAUAUCGUUCAAUGCCUUUUGAAAGGGCUGAUGGGUCUAAAGGAAGAAGAACUCGUCCUUACAUAAUUGAUUUGGGCUCAGGAAAUGGAACAUUUUUGAAUGGUGAAAGAAUAGAAGCUCAACGUUAUUACCAAUUAAAAGAAAAAGAUGUUUUAAAAUUUGGAUUUAGUUCAAGAGAAUAUGUUAUGUUACAUGAACAAUCAUUAAAAGGAGGAGAAGAAUCUGAUACUUCUGAAGGGGAAGAAGAUGAUGUUGGGGAUAUAAUUGAAAGAAGUCAAGAAGAUGAAGAAAGAAUUGCUGCUGCUGAGGAAGAUGAUUUAUUUUAAUUUUUAAAAAUUAUUUUCAAAAACAAAAAAUUCCUUUCUGUGUAAAACAAAUUACUGGUAAAAUAUUUUGGUUGGUUAAAAAUAAUUUUUUUUAUUUUUUAAUAAUUUACCUCCUCAAAUAACUUUUUCGAUUUAUCUGGAAAUUAUUUUGACUAAGAAUUUUUUCAUAAAAUUAUUUUCGUACUUUAUCAAGUUUGCUUAUAAUAGUACCUGUUCUUAAGGAGGGGACUUUAAUUGUUGUUAGAUUUAUUAUUUCGAUUUAUUACAGCUCUAAGAUUUUACUAGUUU